AUGAGCAUCAAGGCGUCGAUGAAGGGCAACUUCAACUCAAGCUGUCUCAUUAGUUCAUCAAACUUGGCCUUGUGUGCUUCCAACAGUUGUUUCUUGAACCUUCCUGGAAAGGGCAGAGGGGGCUUGUAUGGUGGUGGUCCUGCUGGAGUGUCUUUCUUCUUUGCAACAGGUUUAGCUGGUUGGCUGGAGUUUGCUUUGUCUGCUCUCUGGCUCGAUCGAGCUCUGGUUUGUCUUGCAGUGUCUCAGUUUCUCAGCUCGAUCGAGUUCUGGUUCAGGGUUUUGUUCCAGCUCGAUCGAGUUCGGGUCGAGUUAUCAGCAUAG